AUGGGAUUCCCCGAGUUCACUAACCCCGCCGGCCUCCAGUCGCUCGAGUCGCACCUCGCCGACAAGUCCUACAUCGAGGGCUACACCCCCUCGCAGGCCGACGUCGCCGUCUACAAGGCCCUCGCCUCUGCCCCUGACGCCGCCACCUACCCCCACUCUGCGCGCUGGUUCAAGCACAUCCAGUCGUACGAGGCCGAGCACGAGACCCUCCCCGGAGACGCCUCGAAGCCCGCGUCGGCGUACGGCUCGGCCGUCGCUGCCGCUGCUGCCCCCGCCGCCGCCGCUGAGGACGAGGACGACAUUGACCUCUUUGGCUCGGACGACGAGGAGGUCGACCCCGAGGCCGAGGCCCUCAAGCAGAAGCGUCUCGCAGAGUACGCCGCGAAGAAGGCCAACAAGCCCAAGACCAUCGCCAAGUCGCUCGUCACCCUCGACGUCAAGCCCUGGGACGACGAGACCGACAUGGCCGAGCUUGAGGCUGCUGUCCGCUCCAUCGAGAAGCCCGGACUCGUCUGGGGUCUUUCGAAGCUUGUCCCCAUCGGCUACGGCAUCAAGAAGUUGCAGAUGUCGCUCGUCGUCGAGGACGAGCUCGUCUCGCUUGACGAGCUGCAGGAGCAGAUUGCCGACCUGGAAGACUACGUCCAGUCCUCCGACGUCGCCGCUAUGCAGAAGCUGUAA